UUUGUUCCACAGAUAGGAUUUACGCCUACUGCGAGAACGCGGGGAAAUGUUAAUCUAUCGACCCAUAGACGGACGGAUUUCGCCAUCAGGACGUGGAAAUAGACCGCCUCUAAACUUGUUACAAAGAGCUCGCCUCGUCCCGACCAUGCUUCGCGUUUCCGAAGGCGGGGGUAAAAGAAGUUCAUGCUUAAAGGAGGUUGAUAUCGCAAUCAAGCCUUUUUGCUUACCUCCUCACUCUCACUCCCCAACUUCUACUACCAAAUUGUUGCUAUACCCACAACUCGACCAACUCGACCAAUUCCUAACAUGCAGCUCAAGCAUUUAGCUAUCGUUGCGCCAUUGGCAGCGGCUUUUGUUUCUGCCCUCCCAGUUGGCGAUCAGAAGCGCUCUGAUCUACAGAAAGACAAUGACGACAUCUGGCUGUGGAAAAAAGGACAGCUAGAAAAAGACAAUGAUGAUAUCUGGCUAUGGAAGAAGGCUGACAUCCAAAAGAGGGUCGACCUCGAGAAGGACAACGAUGACAUUUGGCUCUGGAAGAAGUCCGAUCUCCAAAAGGAUAAUGACGAUGUCUGGCUAUGGAAGAAGGCUGAACACGAGAAAGACAAUGAUGAGAUUUGGUUGUGGAAGAAGGGCAAGCUAGAGCUUGAGAAAGACAACGACGAUGUUUGGCUCUGGAAGAAAUCCGACCUUGAGAAGAAGGGAGAGCUCCAGAAGGAUAACGAUGAUAUCUGGCUCUGGAAGAAGGACCGCGUAGAAGAUCAAGUCCAGAAGAGGGGCAACCUCCAGAAGGACAACGACGAUAUCUGGUUGUGGUAGAUCGCAUGAUACUCUAUAUGUUGAGCAGUCAGUCACCAAAGAUUGACCUACCUAUUGAAGCUAGUCAACGCAAGUAGCCCAUCAUCACAAAUUAUGUAAACGGUUACAAACACUAGUAUAGCACCCUAAUGUGCUCCACAUUCAACUUACUCUAGAUGAGCGAGUGAGGUCCAUCAGUUGGCCGAAAGCCCCCUCAACUUUGUGCACUUAAUAAUCCCAGCGUGUUUCCUAAGCACCUAAGUGGAUAUACUCCUAGGAUUAGUACAGUAGGUGUCAUAGCAGCACCAGUGGGUUGGGUCAGUAUCAAGCCAGGCGAGGCGGUGAAAGAAAAAAGUGAGGGACUCUGCACUGAGCACAAAGGUGUUGAGUCUCUCACUUUUUUCUUUCACCGCCUCGCCAGGG